AAUUGCAACCCUUCUGACUCAGCAUUCAUAGCAACUUCCUCAACAUGACAACAGUCAUUUAGUGUUUGGUCACUUCUUAGUGCCUUUAGUCAUUGAGUUGUUUCUCUUGUUUGUGUUACUCUGGCAGGGCCAUGAGGGGGGUACAACAUCUGCUGCUCCUGGCAGUGUUCGCACUUCUGGCAAGAUGUCAGCAAAAGCCACAAGCCAAAGUUUCUAUGUCCCCAAUACUCAAGCAGAUCUUCUCUGGGGACUUAUUUUUUCUGAAAUGUGACAGCAGCACAAGUGGGAGCAAUGUGACAUGGUACAUCAACAAUACCAUACAAACGAUGACAAACGACACCUGGAAGAUAAGAGUGGCCACACCCAAAAACUCAGGCUCUUAUCAAUGCAAGAGCGGAAGCAAUAUGCAAAUGAGUGACGCUUUCUCCCUCAAAGUCCUGGAUUACUUUCCCAGUGCCUCACUCACCAUCAAGACAGGCCAGCCAGUGGUGCGGCCGGGCGAUUCUGUUGUCCUGCAGCUUGAACAUGAAGAUGGUCUGCAGGGAUGGAAAUGCUUUGUCCAUAGGGCAGGGAAGACAAUGAUGAUUCAGUUGAGGUUGCUGAAUGACAAUGUGAGUGUCUUUCAACCCAAGAGACUGACUAUACCGGAGACCAUUUUCUGGUGUAGUGAUACUAAAAAACAACGCAGAAGUAACCAAAUCACAGUCAGGACCUCAGAGAAGGACGUUUCGCUGGAAAUGUAUACUCUGCCUGCUGUAGUUGGGGACAGUCUGAUUCUGAAGUGCCUUGCCUGGGGCACAGAUGAUAUAAACCGCACUAUUUUCUACAAAAACAAUGCAGUAAUUCAGGACGGUAUCGGUUACACCUACAAAAUCUCUUUUGUGAAAGAAUCAGCAAGGGGAAGUUAUAAGUGUGAAGCCACCUUCACACACAAAGCGCGCACCGAAGGGCCCCCAUACGAUGUGGUCUCUGAUGAUCAAGAUAUGUUUAUCCAUGCACCUGCUAUGAAGGCAUUUCUCUCAGCGAACUAUGGCUUGUCAUGUUCUUGUCCUCUUUGUCCCAAUAAUAUAUCCUAUCAUUGGUACUAUAAAAAUAAUGGUCAGCCAUGGGCACUUUUGACUUCCAGGCAAGGAUUCAUUACGCCAAAAGAGACUGGAACUUAUGCAUGUAGAGCUGUGUGGAACGACGGGAGGUCUUCUCUCAGCAGUGGUCAUGUUUAUCAAGUGCCGAAAUUCAAUCUAACGGUUGUAGUCAUUGUGCUGGUGAUGGUGGUUCUAGUAUUAGUAGCUGGAUUUAUUUUCAUAUGGUAUAAGAAGAGACAUGCCACAGGACGGAUUUACGAGGAUAUGCCAAUGAAGUCACAAGGCGAAUAUGAAAUGCUGCAGAAGGGUGGCCAAAAGGAGGGCGAGUACGACACCCUUCACCCAGAAGCACCAGGCAGACAGAAGAAAGAGGGUGAAUAUGAGUCACUGAAGAAAGAGGAAAUGACAGAGGGGGAGUACCACACGGUUAGGAUGGAGGGGGCAGUUGGUGGAGAGGGAGGGUAUGAAGCACUGAAGAAAGAGGGAAGGAAAGAGGAGGUAUACCACACCCUGGGGAUGGAAGGGGCAGCAGGAGAAGGGGGGGGAUACGAAGCACUGAAGAAAAAGGGAAGGGAAGAGGGGGUAUACCAUACCCUGGGGAUGGAGGGGGCAGCAGAAGAAGGGGGGGGAUACGAAGCACUGAAGAAAGAGGGAAGGAAAGAAGGGGUAUACCACACCUUGGGAAUGGAGGGGGCAGCAGGUGAGGUGAGUGAGGAAGUAGAGAAGAAGGACAAAGAGUGAGAAUAUGAGAUAGUGGAGGAAAAGGUGGAGGCCAAGGCCGAGGAGCCAUGAGUCUGAGGCAUGAAAGGAACGAAAAGUCUCAUAACUUUUAUCUUAAGAAAAAUCACUUUUUACCGCAAACCAGAGAAGGCAAGCGAUGUCUCGGUUACAAUCCUGAAGUUCAAAUUCAAUGAUAAGUUAAACAUUGUAGUGCUGUACAAGAAAUGUAAGUGACUCUGGGUGACUUUGUGUCACGGAUUUCUGAAUAGAAAUCUGUAAAAAUAUAUGUGUCAGACUGUAAGAAAAGCGUAAAAAUGUGUAUAAAAUAUCUUAGAUAAUAAAAGUAAUCAUGCGAUUGGCAGGGAGAAAUACUUUGACCUAACAACAAGAGUCAGUUAAAAAAGAGCAAGACUGCCUAAUAAUACAACAAGAGGAUUUUUGUUGCAUAGUACAGUAGCUACAGGAACAAUUGAUGCCCUUCCUUUUUUAAUUAUAUGUAUCAUGUUAAUUAUAUGAAGUAUUCUGUAAAAUGUAAAUUGCCAUCACAUGUUAGCAGAAAAGAAAGUCAUUCAUUUUGUCAAAAACACCAAAUAUUGCAUCAGCUCUGAUCCUGUCAACUGACUAACAUCCAUAUCUUAGAUAGUCAUCAUAUAUAUAUAUAUAUAUAUAUACAUAUACACAUAUAUAUAUAUACAUAUAUAUAGCAGCAUUAUGAAGCAACAUUAUGAAGAUUUUUCACUGUUUAAAGGUUUUUUUUAAUAUGUUUUUUAUUGAAUGUGUAUUUGCUUUUUUCCUUAUAAAAUUAUAUAGUUUCAAUUGUAGAUGGAGAAUAGUCUAGUGAUUUGACUUUUGUGUUUUUAAAAUGUAUUUACAUUACCAACGCUUUUUGUGAUAUUUCUAUAAUUUCUGCAGUUGCAUUAAAAUUUAAAAAUGUUAUAAUAUUGAUGAACUUGAGAGAGAGUGUCAUUCCAAUUGUAUUUUAUGUGCUGCAAUAAAUCAAUUUUGAUUAA